UUCUUAAUAUUUGUCCGUUACGGGUUUUUCCUUUUAUGGUUUGUAUUGUUUCCGCCCAAGAGGCGCGUGGAAUGAGCGAUAUGCGUGCUACUUAUUUUUGUGAUUAAAGCCCUCCAAAGGAGUAUGUCGUACAACCAGUAUGGUUACGUGGUGGCUUCCUGUCCUCUCAAUGAGACAGAGUUUACUACAGCGGCGACCAGACUGAACUGUACCGAGGAUAAGUAUGGACGGAAUCAGUAUACAUGUGUUCCCAAGCUUGACUUGUCGGCAAUAGUAGAGUUCUGCUACAGGUACACCGUGGGAAUCUACCCGAAAGGUAUUUGUCUAGGGGCACUCUCUAAUGGAGACCUGGACGCGCUCAGGUGUGGACAUUUCACGGAGGGUUGUCCAGCUAACAGUUACAUAGGAGCUGACCUGUAUAAAUUUCCAGCUUGCUCUCAAAUCAAUAAAGAACAGCGAUGCUUCUAUGCAGACCCCGCUUGUCCUAACGAAACAGAGAGUUUUACUACUGAAGAUGAACCGAUUCCUACAGGAUCAACAACAUUGAUGAACGCCUUCAAUACAACAACGAAUAUAUCGAAUACACUUACCACGCCUGUAGAACAAGGAUCCGCCGAUGUAGGGGCGAUCAUUGGAAGUGUAAUGUCCGUCGUAAUUGUUCUUGUCAUUGUACUAGCAGUCGUAUUUUGGAGACGAAGGAAAAGAUACUCGCGUGUGCCUCAGGAAGAAAUAAUGCUGGCUCAUUUGGAGAAUCAACGGGCUGAGCUGAUGAAGCGAAAGAUGUCCAUAGAUGGCACGGAAGAAGACCAACAGGGUUCCGUGACAAAAGGACCAAGGAUAGAUAUUGAAGAUGACAUUCAAACAGAACUAAAAGCAAAUGAGACUGUACGUCUAGACCAAAAAGAGAAAGAAAAAGAGCUAGAUGAGAGGGAGAAAGAAAAAGAGCUGGAUAAGCGGAAGAUAGAACUGCUUCCUGAGUGGGGAAGGCAUGUUCUUGGCGAAUACAGCACAUGGAAAACACCUAUUUCAGACCAGUUCUCCUCCCUGUCUGAUGACGAGGUGUGGGUGUUAUUCUGUUUUCUGUGUUCUGACUCCGGUACCCCCGACUUUACUGAUACAGACUGUCUGGACAUUCUUAAUGAGAUACGAGAGUGGAUGUACGAUAAUGAACGUGUAACAAGUGAGAAGGCACAGCGGACUCUGGACAGACUGAAAUCACGUGGAUUUAUUUGGAAUCAGGACGGAGUGGACAUCACUGAGGACGCCAAGGAUGAGACCGUGUACCGUGUUAUAGAACGUCGUAGUGAUCGUCUCCCUGUUUCACUGCUCUAUCAGUAUUAUUUAUCCAGUUAUACUACAGUAGUGAGGUAUCUGAGAUCACGGGGAUACACCAGGAAGUCUGGAGAGAAAUGUGUCAUUGGUGACUACCCGUACUGUGAUUCCUUACUCAUACGCCGUCUACAGAUGAACAUACUGACCCACGUCACCAUGGAGGACACGAAUAUCUGUGAUGAAGUGUCACAGUACUUGAACAUCCCUCUAAGUAAAGUACGUAUGAGUGAUGAUAAACGAAGAGCGUUUAUAGAGGAAUUACAGCAGACUGGGGAGUGUAUGCAAUACAGAGGUGGAUCUCAGGACAGUGUACAACAGGUCAAGUGGCUCUGGAGAUACAACAUUAACGCAAGACCUGACAUCGUGAGAUCCUGUAUAGGUCUCCACCCACACUGGGAUAUUUACAUCAUCAACAACACGGCUUACAGAAAACACAGUCAGCACCACGACCGUCCUCCAGCUGAACGUUGUCUCCUGUACUCUCUUCUGAUGGUGGAGGACUACACCGUCAAGGUCAAGGACGAAUCUCACAUCAAGAUGUACAAUGUGAUUAGAGAGCGAUGCUUUACAGAAUUACCUGUUUGUGAGGAAAUUUCCGCCGCCAACGAUCACGGGAGAAUCAUUCAUGUAGAAAACAACGUAAUCAAGUUUAAAUCAGACGACAUCCGGCAUGACGUCAUGUACACGUUUGUUACGGAGUGUCUGGUGGAGGACAGUGAUCUGAAGUUUUUCCUGACCACGGCGUCAUGUCACGUGAUAUCAGAAUACUGUCGGUUGUGGGAUUAUAAGAGGAGUGAGGGAGAGAGAUGUCUGUAUAUACCGGAGGAACCGGAUGAGAUGUACGACCUGUUCAUAGACGGAAUACAGCUGGACAUCCUCACACACAGUGCCAUGUCAGACAGGGGGAUUCAUGGCAGGAUCACUAAACGUUUAAACGUUCCUGAGGAGGUAAUGAAAUGGGACAUUGAUGCAAGACGGAGAUAUGUAAAAAGUAGUAAAGAACAAGGACGAAAGAAACUGUACUGUGCUAGAGGUAUGCUUGUUGGAUGCGCAGGCGCAGGGAAAACAACACUUCUCAAAAAGCUUCAGAAUAGAGAGACAGCAGACAAAGACCGACCCACGGAGACAACUGUUGGUCUGGAGGUCCAUGAGGAUUUGUUUGAAAUAGAAUCUGGCACACUGAAAAAUUACAAAGGAAACUCUUCAGUAUUCCACAGUGAUAAACAGCUGAUAAGCAUGACAGAUUUUGCGGGACAAGUGGCUUAUUAUGCUUGUCACCAGGUUUACCUGUCCAGAAGAGCGUUCUAUAUGUUAGUCGUUGACAUGUCCAAAAAUCUGACAGAGAAAGUUCACGAGCAUAACAAGGAUCGCCACGACCCAAUUGGAUCCCUAUUUCACAACUGGACCUAUGAUGACUACAUCGUAUUCUGGCUUCAGUGCAUAAAAACUUACUGCGAUGUCGGAAAAAGGCGAAUCAGUGGUAGAGAAACAGAAAGAGAGAAUAGUGUUCCAGUGAUUCUCAUUGCUUCACAUAAAGAUGAGGCUGAUUCGAAAAAAUAUGCGACACCUUUGGCAUUUUAUGAGGAAUUGAAAAAUUCCUUACCGGAAGGAGACACACUGUCGGAUAUUUUAUCGCCUCGCAAAUAUUUUGAAGUUGAGUGUCCAUCAAAUCUGUUAAAUGAUCGUCAAAGGAAUAUUAUAGAAGAUGUCCAACAAUGUAUUGUUAAAACUGUACAACGCCUGCCUCAAUGGGGAGAAAGAAUUCCCUUAAAUUGGGCAAAAUUUGAAAAAAUUCUCACCGACAGAAAAAGUAACGGAGAGAGAAUUCUAAAAAGAGAGGAAUUGAGGAAAAUCAAGGAACUGAAUUUAUCAACCGAGGACGACAUGGACGAUAUGCUUCGAUUUUUCCAGGAGAUUGGACACAUCCUUUAUUUUGCGGAUAAGAAAUUGAAGGACACAAUCAUAAUCAAUGUCCAGUGGUUUGUUGACGCGUUUAAACACAUCAUUACGGAUCCAACACAUCUCGUAAAGGAUAUAAAGGACAAAUGGUUGAGAACGGGCAGGAUUUCUGAAACAGCAAUUAAAGAAAUAUGGGAAGAAACCAACGAUGACUCGUACACCAUGCAUGAAAGGGAUAUUAUGCCAUAUAUGCAGAGACUUGGACUAAUGACACAAAAACUUAAGGAUGAGGAAAAAAAUGGAGAUAUGUACUACAUCCCAAGCAUGAACAGAAUUGACCUCUCUCAAGAAUAUUUAGACAUACUGAAAAAUGGAGAAAAAACGCCUCUUCUUAUUUUCCAUUUCAAAACAUAUUUACCCCAUUUUUUCUUCUUCCGCCUGGUUGUUGGUUGUUUAGAGAAGUGGAGAGCGCUCGAUCAAGAAAUGUUUUGUAAAAAUGCAGCAUUUUACAAGGAAGAUGAUUCUAGCCAUUACAUAGCCAUUGCAGUUAACCAAACUUCGAUCCAAUUACAAGUCUUCACUCCUGAUAAGAAAAUGCAUCUAAGUACAAGGCACGUCGUAGAUAUAAGGAAUGAAGUUGAGAAACGUGUCCGUGAAAUAACAAAGACCUUCCAUAACCAAGUUAGAUAUGAGAUAGGAUAUUAUUGUCAGGAUGCUGAUAUUACCAGCGAAGAUUACGAUUUGUUUUUGCAAGAACACGAAGUGUUACAGAUAAACACAAGUAUUGAUGAAAUGCCUUGUCCAAAGCAUGUCCGGGCAAAACCACGCCACUUCAUUAACAAGCGCAACUUGGUCAGAUUUUGGAGGAUUGAGAACUGAAUGUUAUAUCGCGGAAGAAUAUCCCAUUUUUACACAAACGUUGAAAAUCAUUUCAUGAUGAAAGAUACAGGGCUCCGUUUUACAAAAUAACUUACGACUUACGGCCAACUUUACAUAUUGGAAUUUUCUAGUUUCAUUGUAAGUUCAUUCACUCCAAAUGCAUUUUUUUUAAAUGUUAAAAAUUAAGCCUCUAAAAAGUUUACUUCAUUCACUUAAAGGAAUAAUCGUGUAAUACAAUUUAAGACUUGUGACAUUGCCGUAAGUUGUUUUGUAAAACGAGCCCCUGAUCCGUUUUUCAGAGGAUAGCUACAAAUUCGUCCAGCUAGCCUGCAUCUUUCUAGACUACAGAAGAUGAUAAACAUUUAAGCAUAGGAUAAGUGACAUGUGCUGUAGAGAAUGUCAACAUACCUUGAUUGAACCGUUUUUGCAUUACCUUCAUAUAAUAUCAAUUGUGGUGAAUUGAUGCAUUAUUCAGAACCAAAACAUAUCCUUAACUGAAACAGACACUGCAGUUUCUUUUUUCAAUCAAUUCCCCACGAACAUAAUUGAAACCCUAUCAAUUUUUGAAAGAUUUGUUGGUUUUGUCAACAAUGGUUAUAUGUAGGACAAUAGAGGCAUAGCAAAGUAACGGAUAUCUAUCUACAUUUACAUCCCAGGUCAUGGCAUUCACCAUAUCUGACAAACGCUUUUUUACUUUGCUGAAAGAAAAUGCAGAAUUGCAAACAUUUUUCUUUUGCAUUUUCAAUCUGUCCAAAAAAGUGUCCAAAAAGUGACGGAGCUCAUCAAAGAAAGAGUAAGGGACAAUAUCUAAACUAAUUGUCGACAUAAUUCCAUGGGCCAAAUUGAAAAUGGAUUAUGUGAUCGUGUCCACUUAACAUUUAGAACAAACAUGUCGAUAGGUAUCUCUCCAUGCAGUACACAUUACUCCAUUGUUGCUUUUUAAUGACAGAAAAGUCCUUUUUUCGAAGUUUUACUACACUUGGAAUUGAUUUUUUUGAAAGAAGAAUAUUGUCUUAAAAGAACCAAACAAUCUUUAAAUGCUGCAUCCAAGUAAGACAUGUUAUUAAAUGAUUUGAUGUAUAUUAAUAGAAUAAACCAUGGAUACUAUGCAAUUGUCUAACAUUUUUCAUCAAUGCAGUCAUUCAAUAUCAUUUUAUUCAUUCAUGCAUGCCUGUAUAUGUUACAUGUAUGCGGAUGGCGUUACUUUGUAAAUCAACGCCAUUCACAUCGAUUCUACGAUUCACAGUUUCAUUUAAGGAAUGGAUUUUUAAAAAUAUCUUAUGCGAUAUAAAUUGUUUCGGGGCAGUUUACGCUUAUAAGGCGCGAGUCAGUUUAUAAAAAGCGUAAACUGACCUAAAGAAAUUCAUAUUGUACAAAAUACAAAAAGGAAAUUAAAUUAAUUCCCUGUAAUUCAAUCUCAGUACUAAAAUAUGCAUUUUCAAUUCGUAAAUAUGAAUUAACUGCACCGUUCAAGGAUUCGCUUCGCAACAUACCGACAAAGUGUCGAAGAUGGAAGAAGGCAUCUUGGUUCUUUGCAUAUUGAAACAUGUAUUUCAUUUAUCAAAUUUGAAAACGUAUGGUGGAAAUUUGAUAGCGGGGGAUCUGUUAUGUAGGCCUGAUGUUUACUUCGCAGUAUAAGAUUGGCUUUGAAGUCCUUCCUACCACGAGGUAUUGUUGCAAUGUUUAUGUCGCGUUAUGCACUAGAAAAUGUAAUGUGAUUAGCGAUUUUUGAUUUUAUAAAUUUCAACAACAGUGUGACUUUCCAUAGCAUGCAACUUUAUCGCCAAUUAAAUCCGGCAUAGUAAAUUAUGAAAGCAAUCCACAUGUUAAUCGAUGAGACAUGACGUCAUAUGUUACAUCGUGUAAGACAUCCAUGACGCACUCACACUUCGAUAGGCGGAUAAAGCACCCCUACAAGUAAAAACAUGCUUACGAAUACUUGAUAAACCGUUUUUUUUUUAAUUUAUCAUACGAAAUCGUUGUACAUAUCAUGUUAGUUUUUUUUUUUAACUUUUACCGUUAAUGUUUUAUGUAGCUUGUAAAAACAGAAUGCUACGAUUUGUUUGAAAGGUGAAUAUAAUAAACAGUGAUCAAUCUAAUAACUCCUAUCAACGAUACAAAAUAGAGAGUUUGGCAAACAUGGACCCCCUGGUAUACUGGAGGUGGGAUCGUGUGUCUAGGAGGAUUAAACAUCCCCUGUAGACCAGUCACACCUGUCAUGAUCCCCAUAUCUUGAUCAGGUUUACUGCGUCAUCCGUAAUGCAAAGAAUGGCCUAACAAUCGGUGUGAAACUCGUCAGACAACAUUUGACCCAAUGAUAGGUUGUUUCGGCAAACUAGAUCAUUAUAAACAUAGAAAAAUAAUGGUGUCAGACAAUACAGUAUUUCAUUUCCCACGUUUAAUUUCGUUCUUUUCCAACUCCAUCGUCCGAUCAACGUAACAAUGUUGCAUGGUGCAAUAUAAAAUUAGAAAAGGAAAAGUAAUGCCGCCUUCAAUGUGAAGGGCGUGUGUCCCCAUACCAAGUUACGUUUAUACAUUCUAAACGAUUUUUUCAGCGUGUUCAGAAAAUCUAAUUUUGUGUUACAAGUAGAAUCAAAUUAUAUUUCUAUACAUUCUGAUGAUUCUCCCAUAUAUUUGUACCAGAAAGGCAUGUACAUAAUGGAAUGCCACAUUUGUAUCCAUUGUUGACGUGACAAUGUAGUUUUACUUUAUAUGUAUCCAUGGAUAUAAAUUGUUAAAACAUGUUGGUGAUACUAAUGAAACAGUUCAAUUUUA